CAAUCAAAGACCUGGGCGCCGGGCAGUCUCGGCUUUUUAUUUAUUUUAUUUUUUUUAAUGGCGUGAGUGGUAAAACAAGUUGAAAAGUUUAGACGAUGCUAAGUUUAGACUUCGGUGCGAAUUUCCAGUGAAGGACAUCCUCUCAUAUGGAACCAGACGGCGCACGGUUCCAACCCUGGCAGGACUACUUGGGCUUGUCGGAUGCGGUUCGAAAGAUCCUGGGUCAGAUCCCGUCCACGCCGGCUCCUUCAGACGCAGCCAACGCUCCACCGGAACCGGACGCUUUCUGUGCGUCUUUUGCUUGUCUGCAGGUCAACACUCCUCCGGAAAGAAGCGACUGUCAGACAAACUAUGUAGCAGAUGUUCCCACCCAGUGCUCAACAAGAAGCGAAUUCCUCGGCCGUGCACCAGGUGACGAUCUGCUCAAUGCUCCUGCACGCACACCCACCGCAGGAGGGCCGAAAAGCCUGAAGAAGCAUCUGAAGACACCCGAGCCUGCACCCGCACGCAUGAUGUGCAGUUUCUGCAAACGUAACAAGGAGUCUGAGCAGGUCUACAAGUCUCAUUGGCUGAAGAACAUGUCCGGAGAUGUUCUGUGUCCUUACCUGCGGCAGUACGUGUGUCCUCUGUGCGGCGCUACUGGACCCAAAGCCCACACCAAGCGCUUCUGCCCUAAAGUGGACAGCGCGUACUGCUCCGUGUACGUGAAGUCCAGACGCUGAAAUUCUAGUCUCCCUGCAGGGUUUCAUCCACGUGCCUUCAAACCCAUUUAACAUGCAUGCUGUGUGUUUUGGCUUUGUACUGCUGUUCUAACUUUCUUUUGGUUUGGAUUUUGCUGUGUGUGUUGAUUUAAGUGUGUUGUUAUUCCAAGUUUUAUGUUUUAAAAGGCCACUCAACCUCCAAGAACCCCCACUCCAAAAAAAGUCAUCAAUAAGAAGUCCCCGCCCAA